AUGCUUAAGUGGAGAGUAAAUAGUUAUAUCCUGAGUGUUUGUCUCUUAAUCUCCGAGUACGUACGACAGCAAGAGCAAGAUGCUCGACAAACUCAUACGAAUGAAGACUCCGUUGUAUCUCUAUCGGAUCCACCCAUUGCCGCUGUAUCACGUGCUCCAAUUAUCAGCAGACGGUCUUUCAACGCCCUCGCUCGGUUUUUAACUCUGGAAAUUCAAUACCCCAAGAGGAAUAUCACUACUCAGAGGUAUUGUACAACCCUUCACAGUUUAUUGCGUCGUUUGGAUAUUAAUUUACACAGUCAAUCCGAUUUUGAGCUCUUGUCCUGGCAAGUGGUCAGUAUCUUGACUACAAUUGAUAGUCCUGAUGCUGUAUGGAACACUAUUGAGCAAAUUACGGAAUGUGUCACGCCACUAGAACCUCAUUUUCAAGAAAAUGUGGAGACGGACGACGUGGAUUCAACGAGUUCGACACUUGUUCGUACGAGUUUAUUGGGUGUCUAUGUCCGUAGCUUUUUACUGGCAGUGAAUUGCCUAUUAUUUGACGGUCUUUCCAGACUUUUUGACGACGUGCAGCAGUAUUUGGAACAAUUUAGACAAGAUAUGCAGAGAGAGAAGAUGUUCAAGAGAGAUAACGAGGAGGAAGAGGAGGAAGAGAAGGAAGAGAAGGAAGAGAAGGAGGAGGAAGAGAAGAACGAGGAGGACAAUAGCUCUUUGGAGCUCUUGGAGUCACCUGCAGCGCAGCAUUUGUGGAGGGCUACUAAAGUAAAAGACGACGACGAGAUGCUAUUAUCGCCGAUACAAUCGGGAAGUACGACGCCGACAAACAAUUUACGAGUAAGUAAUCUGAUGACUCUUGCAAACUCAAAACUUGACUCACAGGUAUUGGUAGAGAAGUUGCUGGUAGUGGAAGCUGCUCAAGAAGAAACUGACCCGACAGUGUGGUCGAAUGAUCAACUGAAUUACAUUUUAAGUGACAUGAUCCGACAAAUUGAGAUCGGGAGGAGUUGUCAGGAACGAGGCUCGCAGCGAACAGAGGAUCUGUCGACACAAGACCAAAUACGUCUGCUUCACAGGAAGAUGGAUCAAUCCAAUUCUAACGUGCUUUUUGUAAGGUAUUUAUGUUUUCUGAGCGAUCGUGAUUAUCAAGGUGCACUUGACAGUCUGCAUCAGUACCACGACGUGCUUUCUCCACGACAAGGCGAUUGCUUGAGUGGUAAUGCUGGCAGCGAUGGUAACAGCUCCACGUCAAGAUCAGCAGGAAGCGCUGGAUUGCACUUUCAAGGAAGUGGCAUCCAGUAUGCAGCGCUAAAUCUAGCAGGUUUGCAGAUUGUAUUCGAUCACUGUAAUGCCGCUCAAGAAAGUAUUCAAGAAGCAAUUCGGGUUGCUCAGCACCACGGAGACCACAUAUGUGUGGCGUUUGCGCUUGCCUGGAUGAUUCGCAUCAAUCUUAAGAUUGGAGCGUCGAAAGACGAUGUACUGCAGUUAGUCGGCAGUUGUUUGGAUCGUGCCAAGGAGUUGCGUCUUCCAGCUUUGCAGGUGCUGGCAACCUUGACGGAAGUGGAGAGCGACUUGAUGCGCUACAACACAACUAGACCCGAGGCGGUGGGGACAGUGUCACAAUUGGUCUCACACAUUUUUGCUGCUCAUGCGCCUGCACCUCGACCGAUCCACAUUUGGUCACGCUUGUACGCAACAAUGCAAUCGAUCGCGUCGAUAUCAACACCACCUUCUAGCUUUUCCAAUAACAGUACGCGGGCAAUGAAUGCACUACAAGCUCAAGUGAGUGCAGGGUCUGAUUCUUGUGGCCGAUUUAGUGGAAGUGGCAUGGAUUGGGUAAAGUCAACAGAAGCAAUUCUCGACACUGUUUGGAAUCUGAGUGGGAAAGUCACGCUCUCUACAGCAGCCGGGUGGGGUCUGUUUGGGCAGCGGUCUUUGGAGAAAGUGUACAACCGCAUGCAUUUGUUGUGUUACGAAGACUCGGCUAGUACAGGAGAAAUUGUGCAAACGGUGAGUCGAAUGGCGAUAUCCAACCUUGCACAGACUGACAAGGGAGAGGUUGUGUACGUUCGGGCACUCAAGUUUCUCGUCGGCCUCUGCGAGGAUGAAAGUGGCGCUGAGAAGCGACGAUACUUGCUUGAUGAUAUGACAUUCCAGAGAACACUGCACUAUCUGUUCUUUUUGUGGGCACUGCAAAGAGGAGAAUUUAUGCGCGGAGAGGUUCAUCUGAAUGCGAUCCUCGUGUUAUCUCCUCAAGGAAAAGAUUUUCCCUCUUAUCUCGAGGCACUCAUGUUAAAGGCAAACUUGUGGACUUCUGUCGACGACUACACUCGAAGUCUUGAAUUGCUUGAGAGUCUAGAAAGUACGUGUGCAGAGCUUGGUUUUGCUCAUCUGCAUGCCCAGGUGCUAAUUGCAAUCAGCCGAACUCGUUUUCAAGCUGCUGCACCACAUGCACCGUUUGCGUCGCUAAAUGUACUGCUCAAGAGCGUGGAUAUUUGCCGAAGGCACCAUUAUGAUCUUCUGUUGGCGGAAGCCCACGUUGUUAUGGCUGAAAUUUACAUCGCAAUGGGAAAGCUACAAGAUGCAUACUCGCUGUUAAACGAUCAGAUGCCGCUGGUGAUGGAGCAUGGCACUGUUGGCCUUCGUGGAGAGUGCUUACUUGUGUUAGGUAAGACAAUGGUUGCAAGCAUCAAGCGACUCGAGGAGGGUGCAAACGGGCCUAGUUCUGCUGCUAAGAAUGCCAUUGUCACGCUUCGCGCAAGUGCAGAAAUGUUUAUGCUGGUGCAAAACAUGCGGCGACUAAAGGAGGUCUGCUACAUGCAAUCCAUCGUCUACAAUCACAUGACUCAUGAAGCAGAACACUCACAACUUAAACGAGCUGCCUUUCUUACCGUCGAGCCAUUCUUCAACCUAGAAACUCCUGAAACUAUCCGCCGAGUGAUCGCCCACCGUUUAAGCGAGUGCUAG